AUGGAGGAGGAAAAAACAUGGGCGUUGGUAUCAGAGGUUGGAGGCGAGAAUGGUUACCUGGAAGAGGCAGCUGAGAUAUUGAAACAACACUUCCAAAUCAUCUCCUACAGAGAGCUUCUUGAAAACCCAGUGCUCCAUGGCUCCAAAAUCCAGGUCCUGUUCAUGUGGAAGUACUACCCUGCAGCCGAGCCUUGGUUGCUUAGAUUGCUUCCCUCCCUUAAAGUGGUUGCCAGUGGAGGAGUUGGCAUCGACCACCUGGAUGUGCCGUUCAUCAACAGUCUCGGGGUAAAGGUGGUCAACACUCCUGGUGUAGUCAGCGACUCCACUGCAGAUUUGGCCAUGGGUCUUCUUCUGGCAUCGGCUCGCAAGAUCAUUGAGGGUUAUCAAAUAGCUAUGGACCCAAGGACCAUCCACUUACCAUGCAGGCUGAUGGGAGUUGAAGUCACAGGGUCGACUCUAGGGAUCAUUGGAUUGGGAGACAUUGGUUACAGAAUUGCACAAAGAAGUAAAGGAUUUGAAAUGAAGAUCCUGUAUCACAACAGGACCAGACGGAGUGUAGACGAUGAGCAGGCAGUUGGAGCCAGUUACUGCGACAGCCUGGAUGGCCUGCUGAGGAGCUCGGACUUUGUCGUGGUCGCUGUCAAACUGACCUCGGACACAACAGGCCUCAUCGGCCACAGAGAGCUGUCCUUAAUGAAAUCCACAGCAACACUAGUCAACAUCAGCAGAGGUAAAGUCCUGGACCAGGACGCCUUAGUUGAAGCACUCAAGUCUGGAACGAUUCGUGCCGCGGCAUUAGAUGUGACUCACCCGGAACCUUUACCAAGGGAUCAUCCACUCCUCAGUCUGCCUAAUGUGCUGAUCACCCCCCACAUCGGGAUCAGUACCUACAAUACAGCAACAAGGAUCGUGGAGAAGAUGGUAGAAAAUGCCCUGGCAGCAGUGAAAGGCUUACCUGUUCCAAAUGAAGUCAAGAUGCAGUGA